UACCCUCCGGCGCACCGCUCCUCCAUCUCCAUCUUUCCAUCGCAUCGCGCCCCCCAAAUCCGACCGCCCCGCCCCCAUUCCCACCGAUCGAAUCCCCGGAUCGGCGGACCCGGCGGCGGCGAUGAGCGUGGUCGGGUUCGACGUCGGCAACGACACCCUGGUGGCGGCGGCGGCGCGGCAGCGGGGCAUCGACGUGCUCCUCAACGCCGAGUCCAAGCGCGAGUCCCCCGCCGCCGUCGCCUUCUCCCACAACGCGCGCCUCAUCGGCUCCCACGCGGCCUCCGCCUCCGCCUCCCACGCCCCCUUCUCCAGCGUCAAGCGCCUCAUCCUCGGCGCCACCGGCCGGGACCCGGCCUCCUCGAUCCUCCGCGACAUCCCGCGCCUCCCCUUCCCCGUCUCCUCCUCCGCCGCCGAUGGCGGCGCGGUCGUCCACGCCGACCACAUCGGCCGACACAUCCCGCUCUCCCCGACCCACCUCCUCUCCAUGCUGCUCGCCUACCUCAAGCAGCUCGCCGAGGCCGACCUCGGCGGCGCGCCCGUCGCCGACUGCGUGAUCUCCGUGCCCUGUUACUUCACGCAGGCGCAGCGCCACGCCUACCUCGACGCCGCCGCCGUAGCGGGGCUCAGGCCGCUCCGCCUCAUGCACGACCUCGCCGCCACCGCGCUAGGCUACGGCCUCUACCGCUCCGACCUCGGCAGCGCCGGGGGCCCCAGCCACGUCGCGUUCGUGGACGUCGGGCAAUGCGACACGCAGGUUGCGGUGGUGGCCUUUGACGCGUCGGGGAUGAGGGUGCUGUCGCACGGAUUCGACGCUGACCUGGGGGGCAGGGACUUCGACGAGGUGCUGUUCGAGCAUUUUGCAGAGGAGUUCAGGGACAGGUAUAAGAUUGAUGUCGUGGGGAAUGUGAAGGCCAGUAUGAGGUUAAGGGCAGCGUGCGAGAAGGCGAAGAAGGUUCUGAGCGCGAAUGCGGAGGCUGUGGUGAACAUUGAGUGCUUGAUGGAGGAGAAGGAUGUCAGGGGGGUGAUCAGGAGGGAGGAAUUCGAGAAGCUAUGUGCUGGACUGCUGGAGAGGAUUGUGGAACCUUGCAAGAGGGCGGUGGCAGUUUCAGGGAUUGGAUUGGAGAGGCUGCAUUCUGUGGAACUUGUUGGGUCAGGUUCUCGGGUACCUUCCAUUGCCAAGGUGCUUGCGGGAUUCUUUAGAAGGGAAACUAGUCGUACUCUCAAUGCUAGCGAAUGUGUGGCUCGGGGGUGUGCGUUGCAGUGUGCAAUGCUUAGUCCUACAUUCCGGGUUCGGGAAUAUGAGGUGCAAGAUGCUAUCCCUGCUUCGAUAGGAUGUUGCACGAGUGAAGGCCCAAUUUCAACAUUGUCAAGUAAUGCAUUGUUCCGGAGAGGCCUUCCCUUUCCCAGUGUUAAGACCAUUACUCUACAGAAGAACAGCAGUUUUAAUUUGGACGCAUAUUAUGUGGAUGAGAAUGAAUUGCCUCCUGGUACCACAACAAGGAUCGGUAGUUUUCAGAUUGGCCCAUUCCAAGCAGACACUGAAGCUUCUAAAGUCAAAGUAAAAAUUCGUUUGAAUCUACAUGGUCUCAUUUCAGUUGAAUCAGCUGCUUUGAUAGAUGAUUAUGAAAGGAAUGCAACUUCUGCUGACCAUAUGGAGGUGGAUUCCAGUGGUGAUGACACGGGUCACAAGUCAAGAAAUGAAAGGUCUAUCCAACGGCAGGAUCUGCCAAUCGCUGAGUACAUUUAUGGUGCAAUGAGCAAGCAGGAAUUGCUGGAAGCUCAAGAGCAAGAGCAGCAACUGGCUUAUCAGGAUAAACUUAUGGAACGAACAAAAGACAGGAAGAAUGCAUUAGAAUCUUAUGUAUACGACACCCGUAAUAAGCUUUCUGAGAGGUACCGGAGCUUUGCUACUGAUUCAGAAAGGGAAGAAAUAUCAGUUAACCUACAACAGACUGAAGAAUGGCUUUACGAAGAAGGUGAUGAUGAGACAGAAGCAGUUUACUGUAGCAAACUUGAGGAACUGAAAAAGCUUGUAGAUCCUAUUGAAAAUCGUUGUAAAGACGACGAAGUGAGAGCUGAAGCCAUGAGGGAGCUUUUGAAGUGCAUUGUUGAUCACAGGACGGCUGCCAAGUCACUAUCUACACUUGAAAGAGAUGCUGUUGACAACGAAUGCAAUAAAGCUGAGCAGUGGCUAAGAGAGGGGUUGCAACUUCAAGAAACCUUGCCCAAGAAUGUGGACCCUGUACUUUGGUCAUAUCAAAUCAAGAGAAAGGAGGAAGAGCUGGAUAUGUUCUGUCAAAACAUAUCAAGGCACAAGGCUUCUCCAGCAAGGACGGAUGGCAGCAGGGGUUCAGAUCACAUGGCUACACCAGAUAGAGAUUAGAUAUUCAUGAGGUUUCUUGACUGUACGACCACGAUUGUCUUACAAUUUGUAGCAAUAUGUGAAUGAAUGAGUUUCUGCUAACACCGUCAUCUAAUUGACCCUGUACCACACUGGGCCCACCGUCAUCUUCUUGGUUCUUGAGGUCCAGGGUGCAGUUUUCACUUGAGAGCCUACUAAUCACAAUUAUUGAUACCUGUGAAUUCUUUUCCUGUACUCGGAGCAAGGUUAGGUUGUUGUCUGCUUCAGUUUGUGAUGAAUGAACAGAAGCCAAAGAAAAUUGUAUGCAAUAGGUCUCAUAAGGACAGUGUUUUCUUUCCCCCGCUUAGCAUGUUUAUUGUUGUUGAUCCAAGAAACUUUCCCUGCAUAGUUUUUCUUUCUUUUUUUAAAGAGCUUGUACGGUGUACAUUGAUCAUAGUUCCUUCAUUUGAAAUUUGAAUUUUGUAUGGGUGGUUCCUUUUCA